CGGAUCCGAAGAACCUUCGGAACCUUUUAAGACUUCCGGUGUCGGCUUCCACCCGAUUCAUCUCGCGGGGACACGUUGUUGUAGUUCCGUGUCAGAGGUCACGCUACACGUGAGUUGCUGCGAUGGACAGGAAAGUGAAGCAGCAGCGGCGCCAUCAGCAGAAACACAGCGGACCGAAGGCGGAGAAGAAGCAGCUGAAGAAGCAGCGAGAGUCAACACAGCACGAUGAACGCAAACGCAACCCGAAGGCUUUUUCAGUGCAGUCCGCCGUGCGCAUGGCCAAGACGUUCCACAGGGCCCAGGACAUAAAGGCAAAAAAACACCACAUCCCUCUGGUUGACCGGACUCCACUGGAACCCCCUCCUGUUGUAGUUGUAGUCGUCGGCCCUCCCAAGGUGGGAAAAAGCACCCUGAUCCGUUGCCUGAUCAAAACCUUCACCCGUCAGAAGCUUGUGGACAUUGGUGGACCUGUAACUAUUGUCUCUGGCAAAAAGCACCGUGUCACUUUCAUGGAGUGUAACAACGACAUUAAUACGAUGAUUGACCUCGCAAAAGUAGCUGAUCUGGUUUUAAUGCUGAUUGAUGCCAGCUUUGGCUUUGAAAUGGAGACGUUUGAAUUUCUUAACAUCUGUCAGGUGCACGGCUUCCCUCGGAUCAUGGGAGUCCUGACUCACCUGGAUUCAUUCAAAAACAACAAGGCCUUACGAAAGACAAAGAAGCGCCUCAAACAUCGCUUCUGGACUGAGGUCUAUCAGGGAGCCAAGCUCUUCUAUCUGUCCGGCAUGGUCUAUGGAGAGUAUCAGACCCAGGAGGUGAGGAACCUUGGUCGUUUUAUCUCCGUCAUGAAGUUUCGUCCUCUGGUUUGGCAGACCUCCCACCCUUACGUGCUGGUUGAUCGAAUUGAGGAUUUGACUGAACCUGAGACGGUGAGGACGGAGCCCAAGUGUGACAGGACGGUGUCACUCUACGGCUACCUGCGAGGGUCAUAUUUGAAAAACAAAUGCCAGAUCCAUAUUCCAGGUGUGGGAGAUUUUCAGGUGGCAGACGUCAAUUUCCUGCCCGACCCGUGUGCACUUCCUGACGCCCAGAAGAAGCGAGCGCUGAAUGAGAAGGAACGUCUGCUCUACGCACCGAUGGCUGGGGUGGGCGGAGUCGUGUACGACAAAGAUGCAGUCUACAUUGACUUUCCUGCCGGCCAUGUAAAUCAGCCUGAGGAGGAUGUGCGGCCCACGACAGAGCUGGUCCAUUCGCUUAUCGACACGCACGCCACCCUGGAUGCCAAGAUGGCUGCCAGUAAGGUGUCUCUGUUCAGUGGUUUGGGCACGCUGGGCAACACAGACGCGGAUGAAGCGUGCUGGAAGGGGGAGGGGCCUCAAGAGAUGUGUGUUUGGGAUCCCAGAACCCAGCGAGAGAGGAGGAAGGUUGUCUUCACUGGAGACGAGGAGAAGGAUGCUGACAAGGAUACCGACGGUGAAGACAGCAGUCAGGAGGAGGAGGAGGAAGAUGACGAGGAGGAAAACUUGUCCACCUUCAUCAAAGAAACCAGAGCCAAAUCCAAAGAGGAUUCCACGGACCGCCCACCACCAGUGAAGAAACCAAAGCUGGGAGAAGGGAACAGCUCAAGCGAAGCCGUUGCUGAGCUUCCAGUGUUCGCUGACAGUGACGACGACCUGGAGAAGAGUGAAGAAGAGUCUGAUUCGGAAGACAUCGAUGAUGCCGAUGAACAGAGAGAAACUGGGAAAGCAGGAGAUUCUGGACAUUGCUCUGAUGAGGAUGUGGAUGAGGAAGAGGAUGAUGAAGAAGAAGAACCAGAAGCUGCAUCAGCAGAAAACAGAGACUGCACAGCAGAGAGUGACGGUGAAGAGGAAGAACAAGGCACUCUUCGAUGGAAAGAGAAUCUGCAGCAAAAAGCAUCGGAAGCAUAUCUACGCCAACAGCAAGCAGCUCCAAAUCUGCGAAAACAGAUUUAUGGCUCAGCUGCAAAGGAAGAUGAUUCUGAGAGUGAGGGUGAUGAGGAGGAGCUGGGAGGACUGUUUCGAGUUAGUCGGCCUCAGAACUCCAAAAAGGUUCAAGCUAACGCACUCGACUGCUCUCGUUUCAAACCUGACAGCUGCCACAACUGGGACCAGGAAGAGAUGUUGGACUCUAUUAGGGAUUGCUUUGUAACAGGGAAGUGGGAAGAAGACCAGGACGCUGCAGCACUGCUAAAGGAGGACGAUGAGCUGUAUGGUGACUUUGAGGAUUUGGAAACCGGAGAAGUCCACAGUGGCAAAAGUGAGCAACAGGAUCCGGCAGAGGAGCACAGUGAUGAGGAUGAUGCUGAAAAGGAGGUGAAGGUGGAUGAGGAGGAGGCUCAGAAAAACAAACGUCUAGAGAAGAAACGCCGGCUGAAGGAGCGCUUCAAUGCCGAGUACGAUGAUGGAGACGCCACGUACUUUGAUGACCUGAAGGAGGAGAUGCAGAAACAAGCGAAGCUGAACAGGGCAGAGUUUGAGGACGUGGACGAUGAGACCAGAGUUCAGUAUGAAGGAUUCCGUCCAGGAAUGUACAUCAGAGUCAAGCUCUCCUCUGUCCCUUGUGAAGUUGUCACCAACUUCGAUCCCCACUAUCCUCUCAUCCUCGGUGGUCUGGGCUCCAGUGAAGGCAACAUAGGAUACCUGCAGAUGCGACUGAAGAAGCACCGCUGGCAUGAACGCAUCCUGAAGAGCCGCGACCCCCUGAUCCUGUCCCUGGGAUGGCGCCGCUUUCAAACUAUUCCUCUCUACCACAUCGAGGAUCACAACGGACGCCGUCGGCUGCUUAAAUACACACCGCAGCACCUGCACUGUGGCGCCUCCAUCUGGGGUCCCAUCACGCCGCAGGGCACCGGCUUUCUGGCUGUGCAGUCAGUCACAGGAAGUAAAUCGAAUUUCCGUAUUGCAGCCACAGGGGUUGUUCUGGACCUGGAUAAGUCUGUGACAAUAGUGAAGAAGCUCAAACUCAUUGGUUAUCCUUAUAAGAUCUUCAAGAACACCUGCUUUAUUAAGGGCAUGUUCAAUACCGUGCUGGAGGUUGCUAAAUUUGAAGGUGCAUCUGUGCGGACAGUGUCAGGGGUCAGAGGUCAGAUCAAGAAGGCCCUGUCUGCACCAGCAGGAGCUUACAGAGCUACGUUUGAGGACACGCUUCUUAUGAGUGACAUUGUGUUCCUCCGCUCCUGGUAUCCUGUAUCUGUUCCUCGGCUCUACAACCCCGUCACCUCCCUGCUGCUGCCCAUCGGCCAGAAGGACACAUGGGGGGGGAUGAGGACCCUGGGUCAGCUCAAACGUGACCUGGGCAUCCGCAAGAACCCAAACACUGAUUCACUGUACAAGGAAGUGGUGCGUGUCCCAAGGCACUUCAACCCUCUACACAUUCCUAAGGAGCUGCAGAAGGCCUUACCUUUCAAGAGUAAACCCAAGCAUCAGGAACCUAAAGGAAAGAUCCCCCGAAAUCUGCAGAGACCCAGCGUGAUCAGGGAGCCCCAUGAGAGGAAGCUGGCGGCGCUGCUGCGCGUUCUGAGCACAGUUCACAACAACAAGACCAAGAAGGCCAACAAGGUCCAACACACCAAACACAAGGAGUUCCUGCAGCAGAAGGAGAAGGAAGAGGAGGCCAAGGGGAGGAGGCAGAAGGAGCUCCGUAAGAAACUCUACCGAGUCAUGGGCCAGAUGGAGCAGAAGAAGCACAGGUCCAGCCUGAAGGGGGCGCCACAGGAGGACUAGCGCCUCUCCUUUGGACUUGGAAGAGACACACCUGUUGACCACUAGAGGGCGAUGAUAUGGAUUAUAAUCCAUAUUACAGUAUAUUUUAAACAUCUGAUGGUCAACUUUUUGAACUGGCAUCUCAUUUG